AUGUCGAGAAUGGACAACAUUGUUGAUGACGGUGAGGCACCAAGUAAUGACUACAAAUUCCAAGCAAUAACUGUAGACAAGAAGCGCAAGCUUUGGAAGCCCAAGAAGAAUGAUUCGGACUGGGAUUUGGCAAUGCCAAAGCCUCAACAUUUUCAGGACAUCCUGAAACUUCGAGAAAUAAUGGCACAAAAAGGCCGUCGGAUCACCUCUAUCACAAACCGGCAACGAUCACACGCUGAACUUCGUCAGAUGGCAAGGCCGAGGGAAUCCAGCAUCCCGGAAAAUGAAGCAUCAGCGGCUUCUAGCAGCACGCCAACUUCAAAUUCUUCUAGGCAUAAUCUACCGAACCAGUUGCAAAGCAGACCGGAUCUAGAAGAUUUCAAUUCAAAGAUAAUUGGCAUCGUGCCCGAGAGGUACAUGGAUGAAUCUGACAACUCUCCGGAGAAAAACUCUGGGUUUAGAAAGUCGAAAUCUGUCGAUAUAGAGUCAAAAGAGCCUAAAGCUUGGGCAGAUGAAGGCUUGACUAGGCAGGACAUAGCAAGGCCAUAUCUGUCUAUGGCUUCCUCUUCAGCAGGGCCAUCCAAGCGACCACUGUAG